AUGAAGCCUUCUUAAUAAAGUUAAAAUUAAAAUUUAAAUCAAGAUAAUUAAUGGCCAAAAUGUUCCUUUUUUGGAGUUUUCGAUGGACAUGGGGGAAUUUCUUGCUCAGAUUUUUUAAGAGAUAAUUUACAUUAAUUCAUUAUUAAAGAUUCUAAUUUCCCUUUAAAUCCUACUUAGGCAAUUUUUAAUGGAUUUAAAGAAGCUGAGAAUCAGUUUAUUACAUAAGCUUAAUAAAAUAAAGAAGGAAAAAUAGAUAAAUCUGGUUCUUGUGCUAUAAUUGUACUUAUUUUAGGAAAAAAAUGUUAUAUUGCAAAUGUUGGAGAUAGUAGAGCUAUUAUGAGUGCAUGUGGUGGUAGUAAAAUUUUCGAAUUAUCAAGAGAUCACAAACCUUAAGAUGAGAUUGAAGAAAAAAGAAUAAUCGAAGCAGGAGGUUAGAUUUAUUAAACUAAAAUAAUAAAUAAUAAUUAAACUUAAAAUGAUUAAAGCUAAUAAAUAUAUGGACCUUAUAGAGUUUAUCCUGGAAGAUUAUCUGUAACUAGAACAUUUGGGGAUAUAGAAGCAAAAUUAAAAUAAUAUGGAGGAAAUCCAAAAGUAGUAAUAGCAACUCCAGAUAUAAAAGAAUUUGAAAUUGAAGAAGAUUUUGACUUCAUUAUGAUUUCAAGUGAUGGUAUUUUUGAUAGAUUGUCUUCAGUAGAAUGUAUUUAAAGUAUUUGGAGUUAAGUUUAUGAUAAAAGCAUGAAUAAUUUUAAAAAUUCUCAUGAAUUUUGUGGAAAUGGAGUAGAUUUAGUAAUGAAACAUUCUCUUGCAAAAUAAACAAUGGAUAAUAUUACUACUGUUAUUAUUGGAUUUGAUAAUUUGAAAAAAAAACUUUUUCCUAAUAAAAAAAAACAAAGUUCUAAUUAAAAUAAGCCUUAAUCUCUUAACUGA